AGGACUUUUUUCUUCAAAAUAAGGAACCCCAAACAUGCACUCAAUAUUCAUUCGCCAUAAUCUUCUUCCUCCUGGCGGCUGUUGAGCGUUUGUGUAGUCCAAGUAUUCCUGAUUAAACCCUUCUCUCGAAGGAGCUUUGCAUCAUAUUCACUGUUCAAUGCAAGAUGCGGGCUAAAAACAGAAACAAAAGUGCGGUAGUUUUGCCUCAAAAUUCCCCGGCUGACCACAUUUUUCGACCGCUAAAUUCUUAUGAAGGUCAAAGUCUCCUUCAUCUUCUCAGUUCAAUUCAGAGAGAAAUUAAGUCAGCCAGACUUGCGGAUCAAUCGUUACCUCAUAAAAUUUGGCUCAAGCAACAAUUUUCAAUUGGUGUCAAUGAUGUGACCCGUGUACUUGAACGAAUGCCAGCGGUUCAUGGAUCUAUUAGCUCUCCCCUACAAAAGGCCACUUACUGUAGUCGUAAUGCUAAACAGCCUCCCCUCCGACUUCAGGCCAUUCUUAUAGCAACCGACUGUAAUCCUCGAGGACUUACAAAGCAUCUGCCAAUCCUGGCCUCAUCCAGGGAAGUGCCUGUCAUCUCUGUGAAAGACACGACAGGUGGAUCGUUUAAGUUGGGUGAAAUUGUGAAUUUGAAGACGGCUAUGGCAAUUGGAGUUAAAGCUAGAGGAAAUUCAAUUAACAAGAUGAUAAGUGAGAUUCUUGGAGGUAAUGAUUGUGGGCCCACGAAUGAAACAAAUGAGGAGGUGUUCAUACAGAAUCCACAAGCUUUGUUAGAAGACUAGACCAAUGAUUGAAGUUCAGUGGCGGGUUUGGUCUCCCUAUUGUAUUUACUUGUUUAUCUGUUGACAGCUUAGUAUACUGUUUGUCGGUAAAAAAGGAUGAUAACUUCAAAUAUUAGCAUCUUUUACCAUUUGGUUAAGACUCUGAAUCUGAUAUACAUUUUUUGUUUGGAAA